CAGCCUCGCUUUUAAUAUCCGUUGACUUUUUUUCCUCUCUAUUUAACCUCCAUUCAUCUCUCCGAUCGCAUCUUGUUGUUUUCUCCUUCUCUAUUUAUUUAUCUGCUUCCUCGCCUUUGUACCGUCGUCACUGCAGGACCAUAGCACUUCUGAUGAGUCUUUACUACCAUUAUUACUAUUAACGGCGACUGACACUUAUAUAUACAUUUACAUAUACGUAACAUUCACACACGCACAAACACACAUAUAUAUAUACUUAUAUAUAUUUACACUUUACUUUCGAUUCUGCUGCCCUUUCGAGGAACGGAACGACCACCACCACCAACAUUAAUAGCAACACCAACCAUCAACACCGAUCGUCAACAUUAUCAUCAAGCAUCAUAUCUACCCCAACUGUUAUCCUUGUUGCGGUAUGUGUCGAGGAGAUGUUUUGGCCACCCAGCAUGUCUUAACGUAACAGUGACCUCGCCUACACCAGCAGUCAUCUACGAAGAUGUCAGCUAACGAAAAGGAUAACAAUGGGAACGCAGAAUCAUCAUCAUCAUCAGUAGCAUCAUCAACGUCGUCAUCGUCGUCAUGGUUGCAAAGACAGGAAGAAUCCGUACAAACCAAACCAAUUGAGUUGCCAUCCGAGAAAGUCUUCAAGAAUCUGAAGAAUGCGCAGCGCAUUGCCAUAGAUAUUGGAGGUUCUUUAGCCAAAAUUGCUUACUGUUCUCUGGUUCAUCAGAAAUCAUUCUUAGUAUCCGAGGAAGUGCCCAACAAGUCCACCAGUAUCUAUGAAGUCUCAGAAACCGAUGAGUAUGUCCCACGUCUAUAUUUCAUUCAAUUUGAAACAAAAUAUAUCGAAACCUGCAUUGAUUACAUACAAGAGAAUCUUCUCAAGAGUACCAAUGCCCUGAAGACCAAAAGUAUUAAGGCUACAGGUGGGGGUUCCUGGAAGCACAAGGAUCUUAUUGAGAAGAAAUUAGGUCUAGAACUUUUAAUGGAAAAUGAAGUGAAUUGCCUAAUUAAGGGCUGUAAUUUCCUGUUGAAGAACAUUCCAGAUGAGGCCUUUAUUUUCCAAAGAUACCAAGAUCCUGAGUGUAAGUUCCAAGGAGUCGACUCGAUCCUUUAUCCUUUCUUGCUGGUCAACAUUGGCUCCGGUGUAAUUAUUACCAAGGUUGAAUCCGAGAAUAAAUACGAAUGGGUCGGAGGAACAGCCACUGGCGGCGCCACUUUUUGGGGUCUUGGUUCAUUACUUACCAAAGGAAAGAGCUUUAAUGAGUUGCUGCUUCUGGCUGAAGAGGGCAACAGCCAAAAUGUGGAUAUGUUGGUGAAGGACAUCUAUGGAUUGAAUACCACAGCCCUUAACUUACCUGCCGAACUUCUGGCUAGUAGCUUUGGUAAAGCCCCUUACCUGAGACACGACAUAACAGAUGAUGCAAAUUACAAGUCGGCCGAUGCAAUCUCCAGCCUCCUCUUUCUUAUCUGCAACGACAUCGGACAGAUUUCAUCCCUCUAUGCAGAACUACAUCACUGCAAUAAGAUCUACUUUGGUGGCGGAUUCAUCCGCAGCAACCCGCUGACCAUGCACAUACUCAGCGGUUCCAUCAAAUAUUGGUCCAAGACAAAGACUGAAGCGUUGUUUCUUCGACACGAAGGUUACCUUGGUGCCGUCGGAUCUUUCCUCAUUGGUGCAGAAGAAGAUGAUGAUGAAAACUAUGUCUGGGGCGAGAAUCUGGCUAAUAAUUCCGGUCUGACGAGUCCCAGGGAGAUAUGUAACCGGACAAAGAGCUGUACGUUUGACAGUUUUGAAUUGGAAUGUCUGGAGUGUGAACUUACACCUUGUCCACUUAUUUUGGACAUCAGCUCCUACAGACCUGAUACGGUUGACCUGACAGAAGAUUCCUCUGCUCGCAAUUACUGGCUGAAAUGUUUUGCCCAGGUGGUGGACAAGAUAACAGACCAGGCUGUGAAAAGCCAGGAUAGAAGAAAUGAUGCCAUGGAACGAGCUGAGAAAUUCAAAGCGAAAUAUCUUCACAGAUUAAAAGAGCUCGACGAGAACCCAUGUGCUUACGGAUCUCUCACAGUGCGAUGCCUUUUGGACACAAUUGGACACUUCCUCAAGGAAUUCAUGUUCACGGAUGCUUAUUCACAGUUAAAACUGUCUGAAAAUGAAUUAUCUCUUCGCCAUCUGGCUAAUCGUUUGGAUACAUUAGACAACGAAAAAUAUGAAGGGCGGAUGUAUUCCCUGGUGAAAGGUGUCCUGGCUGGCAACAUGUUCGACUGGGGCGCGAAACAAGUGGUGGACAUCAUGGAAACACAAAACUUUGGAUUUGCCGAAGCCAUGAAUAAAAUUCAAGCUCGUCCCUGGUUGGUCGAUGACUUUGAGCUGUGGGUCAGCCGUAGACUCUCCGGCCCUGCCUACAAGUGUGCUGCGGUAUUCUGUGAUAACAGUGGGGCCGACAUUGUCCUGGGGCUCUUCCCAUUUGUCAGGGACUUAAUCAUGGAUGGAACUAAGGUGAUCCUUUGUGCCAACUCCAGACCCAGCCUUAACGAUAUUUUAUACACGGAAUUAAGUAUUAUUGUAAAGCGAAUUGCUGAGUUGGAUAAAGUGAUAGCACAAGCUUUGACCAAUAACCAGCUGUUGGUGAUGGAAUCAGGACAAGGGUCUCCAUGCCUUGAUCUCAGAUUGAUUGACAAGAACCUCGCCAACAGGAUGCUCCAGUGUGAGACUGACUUAAUCAUUCUGGAAGGAAUGGGUCGCGCCAUCCACACCAACUACCAUGCCUGUUUCUCGUGUGAUUCUCUGAAGAUGGCCAUCAUCAAGAACGAGUGGCUUGCACAACGCCUUGGGGGCAAAAUCUUUGAUGUCAUCUUCAAGUUUGAGACCAAAUGUCAAAAUAUUCCACCUUCAGUUGAAAAAUAAUUAUGCAUCUCACCUUUAACCUCUCACCACCGCCCCUGUCCCAUUGUAAUUAUAAUAAUAUUGAUAAUGUUAAAAAUAAUGAUAAUAAUAACAAUGAUAAUUUUCACACUUGCCUCUUGUACAGUUGUAUGAUUGUGCAUUUUGCUCUUAGAUUGUGUUUUUUUUUCUUUUUUUGGAGCAGAUUGUGUGUCUGUCUGAACGUCUGUCUCUCAAAGCAUGUAUGUUUAUAUGUGUGUGUCUGUGUGUGCAUGUGUGUGUGUAUGUAUGCACACACAUUCAUGUAUGUACAGAAUGUCCUUAAAUUACCUUUAUGGUUUGAAGAGUUCAGUGAAAAAUGAAAGGAUAACUCAGUGGAGCGUUUUGGAAAGCAUAGGUAAACAGAUAAAGUCUUAUUAGAAGCAUCAGAACUCUUCCACAUGUGAUCCAUUGUUUUGCACACGACACAUUAAGAUGAUGAAUUCUGGAAGUUGUAAAGAUAAUUUUUGAACAUCCUAUAUACAUAUAUAUGCAUAUAUAUAUAUAUAUAUAUAUAUAU